UAGAGCCCCCAACUCCGAUCCCCGCUACCGCGCGGCCGCCGGCGCCUCGCAUGAGGCCGCCGUACACCCACCUAGCCUCGCCCAUCACGAUGUCCUCCUCCUCCUCUGCCGCCACAGCAGGGGCCUCCUCCGCGGCUUCUGCAAUGGCAAGGGGAGGGGUUGCGAUUGGGUUGCCUGCGCACCCGCGUGGGGCGCAGACCCCGAUGGGCUAUACGGGGUUCGUGCCGCCGCCGCCGCUCGCCCAUCAAUUCAGCCCUAUGCAUCGCGGCCCCGACCAGGCCCCGCUGCCCACUCCACAGCUUAGGCAACCUGCCCCGGGGAUCCAGAAUAUUGGGAUGAUUGGUUCCCUUAACGCGUCUCAGAUGAGACCAGGAGCAGUAUCUGGUUCGCAACAGCCAAGGCCAGGUCUUCCAUCAUCAGCGACACCAUCUUCGUCUGGUAGCCAAAUGCCAGGUUCACAAAAAACCCCCAUGCAUUCUUUAACAAGACCAAUGUCUAUGGGUUCCCCUGCGACGGCUUUACAGCAAACUCCGGCAAAUAUGUCUUCACCAUUUAGGCCACAACAAAGGCCACAAGUUCCACAACAAAGGCCACAAGUUCCACAACCAAGGCCACAAGUUCCACAACCAAGACCAUACCAUGCUGCACAAUCUGCACCUGUAACUUCUCAACAGAAUGCACUUUCAGGACAGCAGCAGCUACCUCAGCAGCAACCUCAGCAUCAGCAUCAGCAGCAGCAACAGCAAGUUUUGCAGCAGCAGCAGCAGCAGCAACAGCAAGUUUUGCAGCAGCAGCAAGUUUUACAGCAGCAGCAACAGCAAGUUUUACAGCAGCAGCAGCAGCAGCAACAACAACAACAGCAGCAGCAACAGCAACAGCAGCAAAGUCAACCACAGAGUUCCUCACAGCAAAAUCAGCAAAAUACAACACUAAAAAACCAGCAGCAAGCUGCUCGGACUCCUGUCUCAUUGACUCAGAAGCCUGAUUCUCCAGCCACACUACAAGCUACUAAUAUGCAGCUUGUGGACAUGGCUUCUGCCGAUGCAGCUUCUGGUGAAUCCAGUAAUCGGCUACUCUCCAAGAGGAGUAUUCAUGAUUUACUUGCACAGAUCGACCCUUCGGAAAGGCUGGAUCCUGACGUUGAAGAUGUUCUUAUUGACAUUGCAGAAGAUUUUAUUGAAUCUGUCGGAACAUUUGCUUGUUCUUUAGCAAAGCAUAGAAAGUCGACUACUUUGGAAGCCAAAGAUGUACUCCUUCAUGCAGAGAGAAGCUGGAAUAUCACCUUGCCAGGUUUCACCGGGGAUGAAAUAAAACUAUACAAGAAGCCGGUAAUUCUUAACAUCACAUAUUUAUUUCUUCCUUCUUGUAGUUAUUUCUUCCUUCUUGUAGUUAUUUCUUUUGUAACCCAUAUUGACAUUUCCUUGCCUCUUCUUGGUGAUCUGCAGCAUGUCAACGAUAUUCACAGGGAGAGGCUUACUCUGAUCAAGAAGUCAAUGGCGAGUGAAGGGAACAUAAAGACCUCUGCUGCCCAAUCUACAGCCAACCAGAAAAAUCAGGCUCCAAAGCCACCUGCCACAGGUUCUCCGUGAAUGGAAAACCACUAGCCCUUCUUGUAGAGUGUGUAGCCCUGCAAACAUAACAUGGAUAAUAUUUUUUGUAAAGCUGGAAGUAUUACAGUGCUAAGUGCUACCUAAUAUGUUUGUUCCGUAGUUUUAUGGUACGGCUCAGUCGCAACCCUGCAAAUUUAGACCCUGAACCUUGGUGAGGUGUCAGCAGUACUUAUCCAUUUCAGGAUUUUGCUUAAGCAGGAGAAGUGUCAUCGUCUCAGCUACUCUGGCAAUGGCUAAGUAUGUGUAUAUAUGCUCAUGGGUGCUGUUCUCAUAUUUCCUGAAUGAGUGUUAUUUUACUAUUACUAUUGA